GUGAUACAAUUUAAGAGGAAAGGAACAUAUGUUGUGUUUUGGUUAUGUACUCUUUGGUUUUGUUAUUAUUUUUUAAUGACUUCUUUGUUUUCCGUUUUUAACAAGCUUACAAAUUUUGAAUAAUAUUUCCAAAACUCAAUAUUUAAGCUAAAUCUCCCUUAUUACUGAUUAUUUUUAAGUAAUAGUAUCGAGAAAUGACUUCAGCACCGCGGGCGGCCCGCCUUGCUCAAGAAAUGAAAAACUUUGAAACUAAUUCGCCUUGGGGAAUUACUUGCGUGCCAAAGACGGAAGAUAAUUUAGAUGUGCUCAAAGUCACUUUACUCGGUCCUAAGGGCUCUCCUUACGAGAACGGAAAAUUCCAACUCAUCAUAACAAUCCCCGAUAAUUAUCCGUUUGAACCGCCGCUUUUGAAGUUCGAUACACCUAUUUAUCAUCCAAAUAUUGACAAAGGUGGCCGAAUAUGUAUGGAUAUGUUAAAAAUGCCACCGAAAGGCGCCUGGUUACCAACAAUCACAUUGGAAACUUUGCUCAUAUCUCUCCAGACCCUGCUUGUAAAUCCAAAUCCUGAUGAUCCACUCAUGUUAGACAUAGCCAAUGUAUAUAAGUUUAAUAUUGAGCAAUAUUUGGAAAAUGCCAGGAAAUACACUGAAAAAUAUGCCGAUAGAAUAUAAAGUACUUCUGUUAUUGUUAAGUGUAAUUGUAUAAAUGGAUGAAUAAAACUUGAUAUUAUAUUAAAGACUUAUGUGAAACUUAUGUUAUUAUCCUAAAGAGGGUUGACGUCAGGCAGGUGGCCAGUCGUAAAACUAAAAACCAAAUCUUUUUGUAAUAUGGAUAAAAUCAUAUUACGCCGACCCCAAAUGAUUGGGAUAAGGGUAGGAAGAUGAUGAUGAUUAAAGACUUAUGUGAAACAA